UUCCGUUACACACAAGAAUAUGAACUGCAUCUCCUCUCCCUUGAGCUAUGAAAGGCUCGUGUGAGAGGAAGUUUGAAGUUUUGAAGUUUGAAGUGUCAUUGGGGCAUGUAUGUAAGCGCGUGUGUGUGUGUGGGUGUGUGUGUGUGUGCACUCCCUGUUGAGCCGUUUAGCGGGUGACACAUUGAUGUGCAUUCAGGAAUGCUGCCCUGUGAGAAGAGGAAAACAAGGAGAAAACAACAAUAGGAGGGGGAGGAGAGAGAAAGAGGCACAGACACAGAAAGAGAGAAAGAAAGAGAGAGAGGAUAAACCAGUGUGGCAGGUUUGUGUCACUGUACACACUCCAUCAUGCAAAGCUGACAGAGAGAGUUCAAGAGAGAGAGGAGGUAGGAGCUGAUGUCAUUGCGGAGCGCUGCCUUCAUUAUGAACCUGUGACAACACAGUGGUGUAGGACAAGUAAAGAACUCCCUCCUAGAGAAGUUUCAGGCAGUUGUUGUCUUCCUUUGGCUCCAUGAGACCGAUACGCGCUGCACAGAGACUGAUUGAUGGCGCUUUAAUGCAUUGUUUUUACUGGCUGGAUUGCAGUUUGGAAGCUGUUUGCUGAAGUCGUGCUGGGGGAACCGAAGACUCCAAGGGAAAGAACGACAAGAGAUCAAGGAGAGAAUCCCAGAGGAGUAAUCUCUUUUCGACCACAAAACAGACAAUCAUCAGGAGCAUCGCUGAAAUAUCAAACUUUUUAAUGCAGGAUUUCUUUCUGUGGAAGAAACUAUUGAGAGGGCUGUAAUUGCCCAGAUUGCAGUCUUGUUGCUUGGAAUCGCUUAAAUAUCAAGUUCACUCUUCCGCUCUUUUUUUGGGAUUUGGCACUUGACAGCAGGUCAUUAACUUUGUUUACUCUCAGACAAUGGACUUGUCCAUGCUCCCUACUCAAGGGAGUGAGUAUGACAAGCAGAAGGCAAGAGCGUGCUUCACUGUCCGCUCAGCUAACUCUCCCUCUUACAGUCUGACUCGCAGGCCAGGUAUUAGGAAACCCAGAGGAUUUUCAGACCAGGAGAGGGAGAGUACUAAGGAAGUCGACGAGAGAGAGAGAUAUGGGCCUCUCACUGGCACAAAUGGUACAAACACGGAGGAGGAUCGCAAAGUCACUGGUUAUCAAGCCAGGACUGAGAGUCGCAGCAGUGUCAAAGAUCAAUGUGAGGAGAAGGAAACAUCUGGUCAUAAAAGGUCUACCAAGCUGAACCAGAAUGGCACAGCAGACAAAACUAUCAAAGAGUUUGGCACUGACAGAAAUAGAAACUGUAACCCUGCUUCUGAAAGCCGGGGCAGGACGCUCUGGAGGGGAUACGACCUCUCUUAUAGAAGUAAGAGUUUGGAUUGGAGAACAGGGGACACAAGCCCUGAAAGGGGCAAAAUGGCUGACAUGUCUGUGCUGUCGACCAAACGCGGCUUGGAUGAAAGAAGGACUGGAGUUGAAGGAGUGAGGGGCAGGAUGAUGUCUUCAGUACAGUCCUAUAACUCUGCAGGUACAAGUAAUGAUCAAGAGAGGAGCCCAGGGAGUCAUAUGAGUCAGACUUUGGACAGAGCCACUAGGGGUAAUUCUCUCCCCACUAGGUUUAGGUGCCUGUCUGGAUUUGGCUCUGGUGUCUUAGGGACGGCUUCUUCGUUUGGGCCCAAAGGAGGUCAGAGUAUAAUGGAGCGGAUAGAGAAACUCUAUGGGUCAGCAAAUUUUGGUAAAAUGGAGGAUUGUAGCAAUAUUAGGGACUUCUCUACCCCUGUGACGUGCCAAUACAGAGAAACCAGCAAAGACGCCCUUGUUUCGCCACAGCAGAGGUCAUAUGAGAGGGCAUCAGGGGGAACCUUCCCAAGGCGUUUCUCAUCUGAAGAGAGAAGCAGCCCUAGUCCAGUGCAAAGCACAAAAUCAUUUACCUGGACACAAAAAGACACUAAAGGUUUUGAGAUUUCAUUUACUCCAGGGAUAAGCAGGACCAGGGAGAGACUGUCAGGUGUACAGUGGGAAGGACAGAUCCAGAGCAGGUACUCAGAGGAAGGGAGAGUGAACUGGGGUAGAGGGUUAGAGGAAAUGAGGACAAAGUCUCUAGAUAGAGCGAGGAGCAGGUACUCUGUAGCAUCUCAGAUAAGAUCUGCAAGGGCUGCAGCAGGAGUUACUGCAUCUCCACAGUCAAACACUUUCUUAGAAGGAGAGCGAUCAGUUUCUUUGAGAGACUUGUCUGUUUUAAGAGAGACGGAAUUGAAGAGUAGCAGCACCGAGGAAGAUGUGUUUGAAUCAAACCCACUGAAAAUCCCAAUAAAAACAAUAGAGAGGAAGAAAUUCCCAGAGAGGUCGGCAGCCAGUGUGAGAAAUAAGAUCAAUCAGUUUGAGGCUCUCACACAGAGAGGCCACGGUUUGCCUACAGGACAGGUCCUGAUGCCCAGACGGGCCUUUUCUGUGCCAGCACAGCUCCACAGUGCUUAUGAUGGCGUGAAAAAGAGUGGGUCAGCUAAAGCAAUAGGUGGAUUGAAACACAAGUGGGAGGAAUUGAAAGAGGGAAAGGAGGCAGGGGAUGAGACUGGAGCACGAAAAAGGCUUGGGUCAAAUAGGUCUUUAUCAGUGGAUGAGGUUGCACUUGGAUUAGGGAGGAAAGAGAGAGAAGGGGAUGAUUUGGUUGAGAAUCAAGGAAAAGAAACAAAUAACUAUUGUGCUGAUGAUUUUGGUAAAAAUUCAAGACUCAAGAGUACACUAGAAAUCCCGCUUAAUGGAGGACCUCAAAGACUCAGUAGAAACCUUUACAUAGAUGAGACAGAUUUCCACAAAAUCUCAAGCCCUGUGGAAGCAAGCAAGAGAUCAUUCUUGUUACUGUCCGACUCCAGUGACACCUCCGCUGGUGUGCAGAAAACAACACUCCCUCAUGUUACUUCACGAGUUGGUGAUGACGACAAGACUCCAACAAACUCUGUAAACAACUCACCCUUUCUUUCACCUACCACACAACCGGAAAUCGCCUUUCUCAUUGCAGAAACAGAAACGGAAAAUACUUCUGUCAUCGCACAGGCAACCAAAACUCCCGAACGACAUUCCCCACUUCCCCCUCAUCCCCUCGCCUCUUCGUCCCACAGCAACCUCCCUGAUCUCAUGUCACCAGAUGUCAACACAGCCCAUCGAAAUGGUAAGAAACAGUUGUUGGACCUGGAGGCUUGGGUAGCUGGCUUGAACCCAAAGAGUAAGGUCUGGAAUGACGAAGAAGAUGAUUAUGAGGAUGAUGAUGAUGAUGAUGAUGAUGAAAGUACACAGAGGGAUGAGGAUUCAAACUAUGACUCAGACUCCGGAGAGUCCUCGGUGACCAUCACCAGUAACAUGAGCCAGUCAGAUCACAAGAGCUUCUGUGUUAGUCUUUCAGACCUGUGUAACUUUGGUGGAGUAGACUAUGAGUCGGAGAAUGUAAGCAAUGUGACAAACAGUCGGACUGCCUCGCUGAGUUCAGACAUGUCUGCCCUGUCCUGUGUGUCCGUGAUGCCCAGUGAGGAGCUCGACAGGCUGUUGGAGGAUGUCAGGAGCGUGGGGGACAGCACCCUGCAGGACUAUGACGACGUGCAGGUGGUGGUUCUGCAUAAGGACAUGGGAGUGGGACUAGGCUUCAGUGUGGCGGGAGGUGUGGACCAGAACAAGCCCGUCACUGUCCACAAGGUGUUUCACUCAGGUGUGGCAGCCCAGGAAGGCUCCAUAAGAGAAGGCGACCAGGUCCUGUCAAUCAAUGGCACAGCACUGAGAGGCUAUGCCCACUGGGAGGCCCUGAGGGUCCUGAGAAGAGCGAAGACUCGCGAGAUGGGCGUGGUGGUACUGAGGAGGGGGGAGAUUAGCAGUGUCCGUAAGAGGGGAGGGCGGACAAAUAAUGAGGGACCAACACAGACUCCGUUAACCGAGACAGGUCAGCUUCUGUGUGUGCGACUGGAGAAGAACAGCAGGGAUCUGGGCUUCAGCCUGGAGGGAGGUGUUGACUCCAAUCUGGAGAACAGACCACUCACUGUACAGAAGAUCUUCCAGGGAGGUCCUGUCGACAAGAUGUAUCCUGGUGACGAGGUUGAAGAGAUAGAAGGUAUGAGCGUGGUGGGGAUGAGACGCCUGGAAGCCUGGACUUUGAUCAGAAGACUGCCCCCUGGGCCUGUGGACGUGGUGCUUCGUCGCCCUCUUAAACACCUGGAAACAUGAGGAUUGUUGAGGUACAUCGAGCGCAGUUAAGCUCAGUGACUGAUGACGGACAAGAACUGAAAGCCAUCCAUAUAGUGGCUAAGAACUAGACAUGGAUUAAGAGAGCUAUCUGGGCUAACUAUUUGUACUCAUUAUAACACAUCCCUAUAGGAAAUAUAAUCUUGGAGACCAGGUUGAAAGUGUGUAUCUUUCUCUCUUUAUCUACAGGAUUACAUCUACCUCAAGGCCUGGGAUAUUUCUGUACCCACCAUUAUUAAAGUGCACUGAUGGCUCAUACAUUUAUCAAGCAACCUUUGUAACAGAUACUUUGGUCACACAUGUUGUAAUAUAUUGUGAAUAGAAGCUAACUGCAUUUAUAUUGCUUUUUAAUAAAUCCUAAUUUAAAGUAA